GUGUCUCACCCAGGGGCACUCUACCCAAUGGAUCUAACACUUGCAGCUCAAACUACACGGGCUCAAGAUGCCAAAGAGAAGGCGAAUAAACUCAAAGCAAUGUUGCACCGGCAUGACAUUGAAGUUACCAAGGACGUCCUGGACGUUUUCAUGACAAAGCAUGCAUGGCGAAAGCCGAGAUGGUUGGACAAGCUUCAAAAUGUCACCAACAACAUACAGAUAUUCUACAAGGCUAUUGGGUCCAUCUGCCAAGCUCAUGGAAUUGCUUCUGUGGUAUGGGGUGUUUUGAGAUUUAUCUUGGAUGCGUUCGGGAGAUACUUUGGUCUUUUGGAUAAAGUUGUCGACAUCUAUGAUGAAAUGACUCGAGCUAUGCCGAUGCUGAAGGACUACGCGGAGCUUUAUGACGCUUGGCCGACUGUUUCGGAUGCUCUGCUGGAUAUCUACUGCUCUUACCUUGAUUUCUCCAUCAAUGUGGUCGAGAUAUUUGCCCGCAAUCCACUCAACUAUGUUAGGGACGCCAUUGGUGUUGAUACGUGGAAGAGAGUUGGCGCGAUAGAGGUAACAUCCAUCCAGGGACCACCAAGUCAAGAAAGUCCUAAAUCUGCAAGGAUCUUCUCAGUCCCAAAGCCCAGUAAUGGGAAGUUUUGUGGGAGGAAAGAAGUGCUUGAACAGCUGGAUCGCGACCUGCUCCCGGCCCAAAGCUCACCACAAAAAACUUGCACCUUACACGGGGCACCUGGUAUGGGCAAAACCCAGAUAGCACUCGAGUUCGCUUAUCGAUGCUGUGGAACAUUUCCGGAACUCCACAUUUUCUGGGUCCCUGCCGAAGAUGAGACCGUUCUUUCCCAAGCAUUUGGCAGGAUAGCCCGGCUUGUUGGAGGGCAACAGGCGGGACAGGACGUUACAGACCAGGCAAGACUUGUUGAGACUGCAACUGCCUGGCUGUGUGAAAAUACGUCAUGGUUGAUGAUCUUCGACAAUGUCAACAACCCCGACAUCUUCAAGAAAUACCAACCAUGUUGCAAUCAUGGCUCGAUUCUCGUCACCAGUCAGUAUCAGAGGACAAUACACGCCACGACAAAAGAGAUACUUCUGAGGCCCUUGACACCCCAAGAAGGUUCAGAUCUUCUCCUCGGCCACAUUCCCGAGCAGCAGCAGCUGAAUAUGGGAGGCCCGAGCUCGCUGGCGCAAGUGUUCACGAAAAUGUCAGAAGAAGUCAACGGAUCGCCACUGGUCCUCGUUGGAAUUGCGGGGUCCAUCGUUUCCUCCGCAGUCUCGGCGGAAGGAGCCCUCAUAGUGCUGCAGCAGUCAGGAAGUUUAGGCAAGAGCAACCCCAUUACGAAAGGUCACUCCGCCUGGGCGUACGAUCGACCUAUCGACUCUGCUUGGGAUAUGGCAUUGAAAGCAGUCCCUGAAAAAGGAUUGGCAAUACUGAGGAUCAUGAGCAUGCUUGCGGCGGAUAACAUUCCCGUCGACAUCCUCAACCGCGACCUUCAGGGCAAGCUGAGUUUCUUGGGAUAUCAAGACUCUGCACGCUUCCGUCGUAAAAUCCAAGCUCAUCUUGUGGAGCGGUACUUGGUCGAAGACAGCAAUCCGGCGUCGCCUUGGUCCUUCUACACCAUCCAUCGGCAACUGCAAUCGAAGAUUUUACGGGAUCUGCAAUCCGUAUCCGAUCAGUAUCAGCCCACCUUCGAUCGUGCCGUGGCACUCAUUGCACGAGACUUCCCGGCUUUCCCAAGGUUCAUGACGCCAAACUUCUCACAGUGGCCAUCAUAUGAGAAACUGAUUGCCCAUGUCCUCAAGCUCCAUUCGGUUUAUCGUGCUAACGAAAGGAGCCAAGGCCAGGAUGAAACCUUAACCGAGAUUCCUCUUGUCCCCAGCAUGGCCUUUGCUGAGCUUCUUACCAGUGCUGGAUACUACUUCUAUGAAGUGGGACUCGCAGAUUCGUGUUUAGCAGUCUUGGAGACCGCCGAGAAGAUUUCCCAUGAGUUCCGCACUUCUUAUACCGCAAAGACUUGGGCCGUUCCCACCAUGCAAGGAGGCCAACCGCCAACAUACGCCAAUUCCCUGAAGCUCGAGACAAAUGCCAUUGCAGUAUCCUGGGGCAUCAUUGAGCAGGCACAGGGGCUGACGGGUGCACGCAAAGCCAUGGCAAAGGCGAAGCAAGUGGUCACUUUGCGCGAGAAGCAUGCAAGUCUACCUGGCCUUUCCUCUGGCGAUAGGUUCGAAAGUCAAGUCCUGCUAUCCAACGCCUACAACGACAUUGGAGCUCAAAAGCUUCACAUGCACCAAUACGCGGGCGCUAUGGACUACCUCAACAAAUCGCUCGAUCUCAAGAGGCAGUUGGAAACACAAGGCCACACGAUACCGGCAUUCGAGUUUGCCGAAUCCACCAACAAUUUGGCCUUUGCAGCACUUGGCCAGAAUUGCACAGAAGAAGCUGUGCUUCACAGCGAAAGGGCUGUGGACCUUAUCAACACGGACAACAGCCACGAUAGCGACGCAACCCGCUUCUCUUUCUGCUAUGGGGUUGCACUUUUCCUCAGUGGCCAACCCCAAAAGGCUCUGAAGGUAAUGAGAGAAGUCUACAGAAAGCGUAAAGACACCUUUGGUGAAUCGGGGCGUCAAACAAGGGACACCAGUUACGCCAUCAGCUUCAUUCACUACGCUCAGGGUCACUUCGAAGAAGCCAGGGAAACCAUCCAAGGAUGCGACAUCCAACAAGCCAAGGGCAUAUGGCCCGCCGAAUGCCUCACCCGCGCCAAGUACCUGGAGUCCCAGAUUCUAAAGGCGCUCGGGGACAUUGCCGAAAGCAAAAGGAAGCAUGACGAGGCAGUCCAAGAACUGGGCGGAUAUCUGUCUGACAUUUUCCCCAACGCCCAUGCUCAAAAGACGGAAGGAAACACACCUGUAUGCAGCGGCUAUGCGUCGCUCAUGGCUGCUGAUGAGGCAUUACGGUUUGACUAUGUUGUUCCUUUCUUCGCGGGGAGGUUUGCGAUGGUGAAAAGUGUUGGAAUCCGAAGCGGCGUUGGGUGUUUUCCGCCGCUGGAGGACCUGGAAUGAUCGAUGGACUUUGGGCUUCUUUAUAAUCUUGCGUCUUGCGUUAUUGCAUUGUUGUCAACGAUACCCCUUAUACUUCCUCCAGGUGUCUUUCGCACCUUUUUUUUUUUUUUUUUUUUUUUUUUGAAUUUGAAGAUACCCGGUUCAUCUUUCUAUGCUUCAUCCUUGUUUACACCUUACCGUGGCUUUCCCAUGUGCCUUAGAGAAUGGAGGUAGCUAUCAUGAAACGAGUUCGCUGCAUACUGCCCAUAACGGACUC